UUCCACGUCGACCUGAUGUUCCGUUUCGAAUAUUUCCAACGAGAGUAUAUAAUUUCUGUUGGUACAAAAAUGAAUUUAACCCUCGCGUUGGCCUGCAUGAUCGCAAUCAUGUCGCUGCUCUGUGGAAGAUGUAAAGCAGCUCCAGGAAGGUUAAUCGCCAGCCGUCAUAAUCUGGAGAAUCAUCCACAUAUCCACGGGCACGCCAUGGAGGAACUUAUGAGAGACUUCUUGGAGGAUCUUGUCGGCGAGGAUGAGGAUGGUUUGCGGCUGAGUAAACGCCAGCAUCUGGGCGAUUACGAUCACAUGAGAUUCGGCAAGCGGGCCAACGACGACGACGAAUACGGGCGCUCGCGAUUCAGCAGAAACACCGAGUGAAAGAUUACCGCCGGAUUCUCUUAGAUCGUAGACGUGAUCGCACCACUCACGUCUCGCUCGCGCUGGCAUACUCACCGCGUUUAUGCGAGAUGUAGAUAGAAUAUAUUUUACAUUGCAGCCAUA